AUGCUCAAGCUUCUACAUGCGCUUCUUGAGGCUGAACGACGGAGGGAUGUGCAUGCAGCGGUACAGCUGCUGCGUCGAAUUCGCGCGCUCACGCCUGCUAGCGUCGUGAAUCGACAGGGCGCUUUCGGGACGUGCUGUGGACCUUCGCCACAGUACACUGCGCUGGGCACUCCGGGGCUGUCUUCUUCGUCGUCAGCCGGAGAAGCUGCACGCGAGCAACCGACAAGCGAAGAACGAGUCUCCUGUUCAGCUCCAAGCGAGUCUGCAUUGCCAGCGAGCGCGACGCGACCUGCAGACACGACGGAGUCGCCUCCACGUCGUGAUGCGGAAAACAGGAGGGCUCGUCCAGCGGAGUCUCUGCCAAGCCAGGCUGGAGCCGCGGGCCACGAACGAGAAGCCGAGAGAGACGCUUCGCCGUCGCCGGCAUAUGCGGAAGCAGACCCGAGGCGAAGGCGAGGGAGGCAGGGGAGUGCCCUUCUCGACCCCGAGGUCAAAGAGAAUGAGGAAAUCCGCUGGAAGCGAAGACGCAGAGGUGAUGGGCGCUAUGAGGACAGUCCAGGGCCCAGCGUGUCUGAGGCUGGAAGUCCGCUGCGCCUGCGCAGAGGUCCCGCAGCCGACGACACGCCAGUGAUGUCCUCAGGAGUGUCGUCGCACGCGCGAAGAAGGUCCCUGACGCGCGUGGGACGAGGAGACGACAUCAUUGUACCUCAAGGUGCUGGGAAGCUGCACCGCGUGCGAACUGAGCUGCGAUUGGAUGCGUUUCUCAGUCGAUACACCAGCACGGACAACAAGAGCUUCUCAGAGUUGGUGAAGCUCGAGAAAAUCGAGAAAGAGAAGAGCCAGCGGUGGAUAGACUCGACUCAGGAGGAGCACAACGCACGCAUGAUAGAAAUCCAGAAGAAGACUGUGACCGGGGAACACGCGGGGCAGCUUGCGGUCGGAUUCUUCUCCUCCAGAAACAAUUUGUACUACAAAAACUGCGACGUCGUCGACGCACACCGACAGCCUUACGAGCUGAAUCGGCGAAGUGGAGAGAUCAACAACGUGAAUACGCGCUAUUGUACAUCCGAGAGACAACGCCAGCAUGCACUCUAUUCUCGCCAAGUCGAGAAGAAGCAGCACCUCGCGGCGACCGAAGAGCAACGGAAGGCUCUGGAGGCCUCCGCAGCGGAGACCCCCUUCCCUCGAGAGGAGAGGGAAAAGCAAGAAGAGGCAACCAUCAAGAAGGCCUCCGACACCGCGGUCGCUCUCCCAGGCCCCGUCAGCGGCUAUGGCAACGUGGACUUGGCUCUGCGGACGAACGAGGAACCGCAGCUUCCAACUGUGACGUGGGGUGAACUCCUGAGCUCGCCCGCCCUCGCUCAGGCUGCCAGCCCCUCGACGCCCUUUCUGCAGUCGUCAAUCUUCGAGCCGUGCCCGGUGAACUCGUACGCGGGCGUGUCGGGGCAAUUGGCCAACACGGUGAACCUCGCUACCUUCAAGAUGCCAGAUCCGCUGCCGCGAGAGAAGGCGCUCGCGCGGCUUCAGGAUCGUGCGUCGGCUCGCGUGCGGGAGCAGCAGCUCAAGCGCCAGCAGCUGGUCGGCGCGGCUGUGGGGCAGGGGUCUCCUCGUUGCCGCUUGGCGGCUGCUCGGGCAGCGGCAGUGGUCCUGGGACGCGCCGGCAGGAGCGGAAGGAGCGGCUCCUCGAUAGGCUUGGCCGCCGUUCGACGAAGCACCGGCAGCGCGAGCCGAUCGAGCGAAGAGGUCCAAAGAAUCUUGCGCCUUGCGACAGGGUCGCGUGACGGAGACAUGCGAGGCAGCGAGACAGCGUCGCGCAGCAGACGUAAGAAGACGGGGCUUCACAGAAUCCUAACAAAGGAACUCCAAGUUGGGGUGGCGGGGUCCGAUGCUCACGCGCCGCAUCGUAUCCACUGCUGGUAG